AUGGCCAAGGACGUCUUCUCCGUCCCCGUCUUCCUCGUCGUCUUCCGCGAGACGCUGGAGACGGUCAUCAUCGUCUCCGUCCUGCUCGCCUUUCUCAAGCAGACGCUCGACGGGCCCAAUGCCGACCGCAACGUCUACAAGAAGCUGCGAGCGCAGAUCUGGAUCGGCGUCGCAACAGGCUUCCUGCUCUGCAUGAUCAUCGCCGCCGCCCUCAUCGGCGUCUUCUACACCGUCGGCUCCAACACCUGGGACCAGUCCGAGCAGUACUACGAGGGCGCCUUCUCCCUCGUCGCCUCCAUCAUCAUCACCCUCAUGGGCGCCGCCCUCCUGCGCAUCGGCAAGAUGCAGGACAAGUGGCGCGUCAAGCUCGCAAAGGCCAUCGAAAGCCCCAUCAAGGUCCGCUCCUCCGACCGCGGCUGGUUCGCCCAGGUCCUCGAGAAGUACGCCAUGUUCUUCUUGCCCUUCAUCACCGUCCUGCGCGAGGGCAUCGAGGCCGUCGUCUUCGUUGCCGGUGUCACCUUUUCGGCCCCCGCGUAUGCCGUGCCGCUGCCUGUCACCCAUAGGGGAGGGUCAUCGACGAAGCUGCAAUACUUCCUCGUCGCGUCCACCUGCCUACUAUAUCUCGUCGGCGCCGGCCUCUUUUCCCGCGCCGUCUGGUCCCUGGAACAGGGCAAAUGGAACAAGAUUGUCGGCAGUGACGCCUCCGAGCUCGGCUCUGGCCCGGGAUCAUACGACAUUGAUAACGUCGUGUGGCACGUCAACUGCUGCAACCCCAACGUCCCCAACAACGGCGGCUGGGGCAUCUUCCAAGCCAUCCUCGGCUGGACAAAUUCCGCCACCUACGGCUCCGUCAUCUCGUACAACCUCUACUGGCUCUUCGUCAUGGCCUCCUUCAUCCUCAUCCGGUUCCACGAGACAAAGGGACGAUGGCCCUUCCAAAAGGCCAAGGCGGCCGUCCCCUCCGACACCGAGGCUCGCAGCGGGAGUGAGAGCCACGAUGUCGCCGAGACGAAGAACGUCUCUGAGAAGACCACCGCUCUCAACUGA